AUGCCAAUUUCUCCACUUCGGGUGUGGGAGAAGCUUCAACACACGGCUCAAUGGGGCCGCCUCGAAAUAGGCGAUCAUGUCGGACUCUGCCGCGAAUCGCUAACCGAUAGUGACCGUGAGGUGCGAGAUUGGUUCGUGGCUGAGGCCAAGGAUAUAGGAUGUGAAGUAAAAGUGGACGAGAUGGGAAAUAUAUUCGCUAUCUUUCCAGGGCGUAACAGUGGGCUUGCGCCUAUCGGUAUAGGCAGCCACCUUGACUCUCAGCCAGCCGGUGGGCGUUUUGAUGGAGCCCUAGGCGUAAUCGCCGCCUUGCAAGUCCUUCGGGCUGUUAAGGAGUCUGGUGUUUUGACUAAUGCGCCGUUGGCUGCUAUCAAUUGGACAAAUGAGGAGGGAUCUCGUUUUCCCAGAAUGUGCACCGGUUCGGGAGUAUGGUCUGGCGCUGAAGACGUUGAGAGCUCUCAUGCGCUGACGGAUCUGGCGAAUCCAUCUAUAACCCUAGGCGACGAACUCAAGCGAAUCGGUUACCUUGGUACUACCCCAUGUUCAUACCGUGAGAAUCGGCUCUCAGCGCACUUCGAGCUACAUAUAGAGCAAGGUCCGCGAUUAGAAAAGGCACAACAGAAGCUUGCCGUAGUAUCUGGCGUGCAAGGCAUGCGUGCGUACGAAAUUCGAUGUCAGGGUGUUGGAGGCCACGCCGGCGCUGUGCCUAUGGCACAGCGUGCCGACGCACUUGCAGCGCUGGCUACCUUUGUGGUCAAAACAGAGGAACUAGCCCGCCGGGAAGAUGCUUUUGGCACCGUAGGUGUCAUUGAGACUGAUACUAGCAGUCCGAAUACGGUCCCCGGUCGCGCAUUUUGUACUCUAGACCUACGGCACCACAAUGAAAACACCUUGGAUACGAUAGAGAGGGAACUCGAUGCACAUCUAUCUAAGCUAGAACAGGACCGACCAGGGAUCAAAACAUCUAUAACGAAAACCAGGCACAAAAAGAGUAUCAAAUUCGACCCGGAGGCAAGCCGGUGUUUACAGCAAGCGUUGACGAGCACGGUUCACGAGUCUCUAGUUUGUAGUUUAGAAAGCUAUGCUGGGCACGAUAGCGCUGAAACGGCGGUCGUGAUACCAACUACUAUGUUGUUUAUCCCAUCAAAAAACGGUAUCAGCCAUAACCCAGCGGAGUUCAGCUCGGAGGAGGAUUGUGAGAUCGGCGCCCAGGCACUUCUUCAGGCAGUGCUGAACUAUGAUGCGUUUCUUGAAGGCAAAUAG